AUUGCAGCUGUAAUUAAAGAAUGCCAUCUCGUCACACUGUUACUGAAGAGCCAAACCUUAGAUGCAGAAGCAGAUGUGUUAUGUGCAGUCCUUUACAGCAAUCACAACAGAAUCAGCCACCGCAAACCCCAUUUGGCCCUCAGACAGGUUGAACAAUGUUUAAAACGUUUGAGAAACAUGAAUUUGGUGGGUUCAAUUCAAGACCUGUCUGAGUUGUUUACUUCCAAUGAAAAUCAUCCUGUAACUCCCAAAGCGUGUGUCAUCCCCAGUUAAUCAGUAGUGGAGUUGGUGUUGAUGAAGGUUUUGGGAGCCUGCAAGUUGUUACUCCGCUUGUUGGACUGCUGCUGCAAGGCGUUUCUCUUGACUGUGAAACAUCUAGGUUUACAAGAGUUCAUUAUUUUAAACCUUGUGAUGGUUGGGCUGGUGAGCAGGUUAUGGGUCCUCUAUAAAGAUGUUUUUAAAAGGCUGAUGUCUUUAUAUGAGCCAUUGUUUGGAUUGCUUCAAGAGGUCUCUAAGAUUCAACCAAUACCUUACUUCAAAGAUUUUACCUUUCCUUCUGAUAUUGCUGAAUUUCUAGGACAGCCCUAUUUUGAAGUCUUUAAGGAGAAGAGGCCUACAGCUUUUGCAGAUAAAGGAGUAACUAAAUUGCUAAAUAAAUUGUUUUUAACAAAUGAGCAAUCACCAGGAUCCAGUGAAGAAACCCUACUUGGAAUUUCCAAAAAAGCUAAACAAAUGAAGAUUAGUAUACAGAAUAAUGUGGAUCUUGGACAGCCAGUAAAGAAUAAGAAAGUCUUCAAAGAAAAGUCAUCAGAAUUUGAUUUGAGGUCUUUCUGCAAUCAGCCGAAACACAAAGUUUCUCAGAAGACCAGCUGUGAUUUUAAAUGUUCUCAAUCCAGACUAAAGAUAAUCAAAAAUUCUUCUCAGAAAGUCAUAGGAACUUCUCAUUCCAAAAGUUUGGUGCAAAGAUCCCGAGAGGCUGAGUCCUUCAUACAGCUUUCUGAAGAAAUCCAAAUGGCAAUUGUAUGGUGCAGGAGAAACAAAUUCAAGGCUCAGUCCACCUUUCUGGGUAACAAACUUCUUAAAAGUAACCGGUUUAAGCAUGUGAAAGCUCAAGGUCAUAGUUUACCAAAGAAGCUAGAGUGCAUAAAAUCAUCUGUGUGCAACUGCCUUCUUCGUGGCUCAGGUAUCAAAACUUCAAAGCAUCAUCUGAGACAAAGAAGAUCACCGAAUACAUUUUUACUGAGACAAAGGAAACCACAGAGAAAGUUGCAGUCGACUCUCUUAAAGGAAAUUCAGCAGUUUCCUCUAGGGACUCAGAAGAAUGCUGCAGAUGCCAGUGCUAAGUGGAGACUCACACACUGUACAGGUCAUAGAACUGACUUCUACCUUAACAGUGAGCAACCCAGAGUUUCUAGUUCUGUCACACAAACUACAGAGAAACAGAUGCAUGAAAAUCUUACAGGAAGCAGUGAAAAUGAAACUGAUUCAAGGACAGUGAUGCAAACAAACACACACAGAACAUCAGGAACCAUUAAGGAGACAGAUGACAUUGAUGAUAUCUUUGUGUUAAUGAGAGUUUAGAUGUUAAUAUGUGAGACUUCUAGGGGAUUUACUUUUUUAAGUGGAAGUCCUGAGAUCUGGAAGUACUACCUGGACUCAGAGGAGCUAUUUUAGUGCAGCAUCGCACAGGAGUUCAUUUCAGUUCAGUAAACAUUUAUAGGAGGUUUGUGCCAUUUAAUCAACAAGUAUUUUUUUGGCUUCAACUACAUGUGAGACAGUGAGAUGAAAAUCUGCUACAGCCUACCCCUGAGAAGCAGUUAUAAUUCCUUGACUGAUGCUCAUAGG